AUGUGUGGGGACACCAUCAGGCACCAUGGCAUGUGUCACUAUGGAGAGUGUCACUAUGGAGAGUGUCAGCCAGCUUCUGAGCAGCAGAUAAUCCAGUAUCCUGCUGAAAAUGAGGAGCCCGACAUUUGCAAUGAGGAGGCCAUGACUUUAGGGACAGGCCACAGGUCCAGCAAACCAUCACUGAAUAUCAUUCUUUUGGGAGAGUCGGGCUCUGGGAAGAGUGCCAGUGGGAACACCAUCCUGGGAUGGAAGGCUUUCACAUCAGAGCCCAGCUCCAAGCCUGUCACCACUGAGUGUAAGAUGAUGAAAAAGCGCAUCCGUAGAACACGUGUUAAAAUUAUCGACACUCCAUACUUCUUUGAUGACACUCUUAAGGAGAAAAGCACAGACAUUCUGAGGUGCAGAGAGCUGUGCAGAGAGGGUAGUCUGUGUGUGUACCUGCUGGUCAUUCAGAUUGGCCGCUUCACUGAGGGAGAGAGAGACAUUUUAGAGAGGUUAGAGAAAGCACUGCAGACCACAGUAAGGGACAGAGCCAUCAUCCUCUUCACACGUGGGGAUGACCUGAAAGAGGGUAGUAUUGACAGUUAUCUCAAGAACACAAAUGCUGACCUUCAGGAGCUCACUAAGCAUUGCGGUAACAGAUAUCAGGUGAUGAACAAUACUGAUCAAUCAGCUGCUGCUGGGCAGGCCAAAGAGCUGCUGGAGAAGAUAGCUAAACUGAUACUGGACCUUGAUAAAGCCAGAGUCUUCAAUGGUAAUAGUUGCAUCAUUGCUUAA